GUUCUGCCGCGGCGGCCGGCGGGAGCAGUUCCGGGUGCGGCGCGCGCCGAGGCGGGCGGGGGGCGGUGUCCUGGCCAUGGCCGGCCUGUCGGACCUAGAGCUGCGGCGGGAGCUGCAGGCCCUGGGCUUCCAGCCAGGACCGAUCACCGACACCACUCGGGACGUCUACCGCAACAAGCUGCGCCUCCUGCGGGACAAGGCCCGGCUGCGCGGCGAGGAGCGGCUGCGGGAGGAGGCGCCGCUGCGCUCCCGGCCGGCCGCGACUUCCCUGCGGGCUCAGCCCUGGCUCUCCCCGCCGGCCUCGGGCUCGGCCCACGGGACCCCUGGGGGCCUCGGCGAUUUCGGAGCCUCCGCGGCGUCCUGGGCCGGAAGCCGCGGCCUCGCCUACCCUGCCCGCCCUACGCCGCUCCGGCGCCGCGCCUCGGUCCGCGGCAGCUCUGAGGAGGACGAGGACGCCCGGCCACUCGACAGGGCCGCGUCAGGCCCGGGUCACGCAGCCCGUCGCUGGUGGGCCGCGACCCCGGCUCCGGCGCGGCUGCCCUCCGCCCUAAUCGGCCCCGACCCGCGCCUGGGCCUGCGGGCAACGCGAGCGGACCCAGCCGGCGCGGCGCGGGCCCGGCCCGAGGUGGGGAGGCGGCUGGAGCGCUGCCUGUCCCGGCUCCUGUUCUGGGCCAGCCUGGGGCUGCUGCUCGUCUUCCUGGGCAUCCUCUGCGUGAAGAUGGGCAAGCCCUCGGCGCCACAGGAGGCGGAGGACAACAUGAAAUUAUUGCCAGUGGACUGUGAGAGAAAAACUGAUGAGUUUUGUCAGGCCAAGCAGAAAGCAGCCUUGCUGGAGCUGCUGCAUGAACUGUACAACUUCCUGGCCAUCCAAGCUGGUAAUUUUGAAUGUGGAAACCCAGAGAAGCUAAAAAGCAAGUGCAUUCCUGUGAUGGAAGCCCAGGAACACAUAGCAAAUGUGACUGGGAGCUCCUCUGCCAGGUUUGAAGCUGCACUGACCUGGAUACUGAGCAGCAACAAGGACGUGGGCAUCUGGUUGAAAGGGGAGGACCUGUCGGAAUUGGUGACAACUGUGGACAAGGUGGUCUGCCUGGAAUCCGCCCGCCCCCGCAUGGGUGUUGGGUGCCGCCUGAGCCGUGCCCUGCUCACUGCUGUCACCAAUGUGCUCAUCUUCUUCUGGUGCUUGGCCUUUUUGUGGGGACUCCUUAUCCUCCUGAAAUACCGGUGGCGGAGGUUGGAAGAAGAGGAACAGGCCAUGUACGAGAUGGUGAAGAAGAUUAUAGAUGUGGUCCAGGACCACUACGUGGAUUGGGAGCAGGACAUGGAGCGCUACCCAUAUGUGGGCAUCCUGCAUGUGCGUGACACCCUGAUCCCCCCCCAGAGCCGGAGGCGCAUGAAGCGGGUCUGGGACCGAGCUGUAGAGUUCUUGGCCUCCAGUGAAUCCCGGAUCCAGACCGAGUCCCACCGCGUGGCUGGAGAAGAUAUGCUGGUGUGGAGAUGGACUAAGCCCUCUUCCUUCUCUGACUCGGAGCGAUAAACUCCAGACAGGGCCUGUUCCCAGCCAGUCUGUCCUGGGCCAGUCCCCGUGAGGGGCAUGAGAGGGCCACCAGACCCACCAGUGCUGAAUUCACACUUGCCUUGACUUUCACCCUCCUCGAUGCUGGUUCCAAAGUUCUCUCUGUACAACUCUUCACAGAUGAGCUCAGUAGGAAAGUAUGGGCUUCUUUGAAGGGCAGAGGGGAGAAGCCAGAGGCCAGGUGGGUAGCUUGUUCUCUGCAUUGGUCUGAAUCCUGUGCCUCGUUUUGCUGGCAGAAGAGGGGAGAAGGGUUUGUUUUUCACGAAUAGAAGAGCAACAGCUCUGAAACCCUGCAGAACAAGUGUGCACGUCAGGUGGGCUGGAGCUUGUUCACCAUUGGUGAGCACUCCGCAAUGAGGUGGGCCUCGUGCCUGUGGGAGGUGGGUCGGGACAGUGAAUGGGGCAGCAGGGGUUGGGGUACAGUUUGUUCCAUGUGCCUUUGUGGGGUGUUACGUGGAAGCUCAAGGGUGAGGGGAGAAAGCCUGUCCUUCAGUUGGAUCGGGCCUCUUAUCCUAAAGGGGGAGGGUGCUAGGAAUUAGGACAAGUACUAUAGGAGAACUAUCUAGAAAUGCCAGGCCCCGGCACAUGGAGCCCUCAGGUCAGGAGGAGUGAGCCGCUAGUGUGGCCUCCUGAGGAACGUGGAGUAGGCACUGGGCCCAGAGAGCAGAGGAGGCCGGGGUUGCCAUCAGCCACCAUGUCUGCAGCCCACCUGGGGGCAGCCUCCCAGGGGGGCCUAUUCAGUUUUGCUCCUUCCAGAAGUUGGAGUUGUAGACCAGACCUGUAUCCGCAGCACGCUGAGAACGUCGAUUCCAUGGCCGUGUGGUCACCUGUCCUACUGCGACCACAGCCCCCGACGCCGGGGCUGUUUCACGGAACUUCUUGCGCAGCAUCGCCACCUGUGCGCGGCGAGGCGCUGUGGCCUCGCCGCUGCCCCCUGCUGGCCGCCCGAGAGCAUGCUUGCGGCGCCUCAGUCCCUCUUGGUCCCCGCCAGCCCAGGAGCCUGCGUCGCGUGAUGCGUCUCCAAAAACCUGGACGGGGGCCCCAGUAAAGUGCAAGGAGCCUCAACAACGGAGUCUCAUCCGCGUGUUGUCCUCUGCGGCGCACAGGAGAGGGGGCAAGGGCCCGGCCUGCCACUGAAAAUCACUAGGAACCUCUUUCUGGUAUUACUGGUACUUUCUGUUUCCUUAAUAAACCUCCAGUCGCCCUCAUUUGAGCAAUAUUCCCAUUUCCUCUGAUGUAUGGAUGAUCACUGGGGCUGGAAUCCGAGCUCUAGCCCCAUGGCAAAGAAAUGCCAUAAUCAGGCCCCAGCCAGAAUAAGAAACACUGCAAUGGCUUCACUAUCAGGUUUGAGACUGUUGGAUAAAUAAACUAUUAAAAGUGGA